AUGAUUAUAAUCCCUUGUGUUGAAGACAUAAAAGAAGAAACCAACAAAGAGCAAAGCGAUGAAAAUCUUUCAUAUGAAAAUAAAGAAAAUACACCUGGAAGCAGUGAUCGACAAGGCAAAAAAAGUGACAAUAAUCCAGUUCAAAGCAGGUCUGAAGACAACAAGGAAGAAAACAACAAAGAGCAAAGCGAUCAUAAUGAUCCUGACCAAAACAGUGCUAAACAAAGCAGUGUUGAAGACAUGAAAGAAGAAACCAACAAAGAGCAAAGCGAUGAAAAUCUUUCAAAUGAAAAUAAAGAAAAUACACCUGGAAGCAGGUAA